CCCCAAGAAAACUACCGUCUUAUCUCUCACACUUUUGAGACACAAGAGCACAUAGUGGCCGCCACGGCCUCCCCCUCCGCUACCGGCACCACCACCAACUAGUCGAAAUGAGAACCCCAUUUUUCUUAUCUUUCCUUAUUCUCCUCCUUGCACUAAUUUCAACCCAUGCGAAAAAUCACAAUGCACCAAGAAAGGAACUCGUCCGGACAUCUUGUGCCCAUGCUAGUUACCCCGCGAUAUGCCUCCGAACCCUCUCCUCCUACUCCGGCGUCGUCACCAACUUGAGUGAUCUCGCCAAGGCGGGAGUGAAAGUCAGCCUCUCUCGAUCGAAGGCAGCAUCAAAUUUCUUGGCCCAACUUAAGAGCCAAAGCAAGAAGGAGCAAGGUGCUGUACGCGACUGCUUAGAGCUAAUAGGGAACUCAAUGGACGAGCUGAGCCAAACCCUGUCGGAGCUGCAGAAACUCCAGAGUGGCGAUUUCCGGUGGCACAUGAGCAACGUCGAGACAUGGGUUAGUGCUGCCUUGUCUAACGAUAAUACUUGCCUUGAUGGGUUCAAAGAGGUUGAAGGAUAUAUUAGGUCUGAUGUGAAAAGAAAGAUUACUAACGUUGCUAGGGUUACUAGUAAUGCACUUUACCUUAUCGAUCUUGUCGACCACUCCCACGGAAAAACAGCAGAUAUCUCGACUGGACAUAAUUAAAGAAGAAAAAUGUACGCAUCUAGAAAUGUUCACACUUCGGUCUUCUUGGAUUCUUUUGCACUGUUGAUGGUUGUAGUGCCUAUAUUUAUUUAUUUUUAAUAAAUAAUUAUUAAUUAUUGGUUCUUGAA